GUUUUUUAAAUUUCAUUCUAGGCAUACUAUCUUCCGUGGUGGUGUAAAACAGGGCAGUGUAAAACAGGACAAUUUCAACACUUAAUUCUGUAGCUUGAGAAACUAGAUGUUUUUAACUUGAUAGCUUUGGGGCUGUGCAGUAUCUGUGGCUUGUUUGUCUGCCAUGUUCCCAAUAGGGGGAGCAAAUAAGCCCUGUGUAUGGUUAGAGAUUUUAUUUAUUAAAAUAGUUAUGGCAGAUUUUUAAUAGGAAAGCAUGGUCCAGACAUAAAUUGUGGAGGUGAGGAAAAUCUUGACCGUUGCUAUUGAAAGACUAUAAUUCAUUAUAAAUGGUAGAAAUACAAUUGUCCCUAAUAAAGCUUUCUCUUUCAGAGGAUGAAGACUUUUCAAUCCUUUUAAAAGCUUUAGAAGAUUACGAGCGGUUUAUCAACGAAGGGGCCAGGCUGCCAUCUUUAGUAUGUGUGAUAACAGGUAAAGGGCCUCUAAAAGACUACUACAACGGUCUGAUAAAUAAACUGCACUUGAAGCAUAUCCAGAUCUGUACACCCUGGCUUGAAGCUGAGGAUUACCCUCUUUUGCUUGGCUCAGCAGACCUGGGGGUGUGUCUCCAUAAAUCAUCCAGUGGUUUGGAUUUACCCAUGAAGGUGGUGGAUAUGUUUGGCUGCUGUUUACCUGUGUGUGCAAUAUAUUUUGAAUGUUUACAUGAACUUGUGAAACACGAUGAAAAUGGCCUGAUAUUCAGGGACUCGAGUGAACUUGCAGAACAACUAAAGAUGCUUCUCCUGGGAUUUCCUACACUGGAAGGCAAACUUCACAGCUUCAGGGAAAACCUCCGAGCAUCCAAGGAGCAACGCUGGGAUGAGAGCUGGGACCAGACCCUUCUUCCUUUGCUUGGGCAGAAUGAGUGACUUUUUCUGGGAAAGGAUCGUGUCAAAAAAAGCUAAUACAUUCCUGGAGCUGCGUGGAUUUGAUAAAUAGUGAAUAAACACCUUCUGUUGGCAAUA